AUCUUCUUCUCCACAAAACUCUCUUUCCUUUUUCUUUAGUAUCAUCAUCAUCAUCGUCAUUCCCCCAUGGAUGAUGAGUCCCUUCUGCAAAAGCUUGAGCCGUUCAAGAUCCAAGGCCGGGACAAGCAAGGCCGCAAAAUCCUCCGCAUCAUCGGCAAAUUCUUCCCAGGGGGGAAUUUAUGCAGGGAAGAUGAUGAAUGGGAAUGGUAAUGGGAUCAAAGAGUAUUUGGAGAAGAGGAUUUUCCCAGAAUUGGAAGGGAAACCAUUUGUUGUUGUUUAUGUGCACACAUAUGUUCAGAGAUCUGAUAACUUCCCCGGCGUCGCCGUCCUCCGAUCUGUUUAUGAGGCUCUUCCGGCCGCCGUCCGUGAUGGAAUCCACGCCGUUUAUUUCGUCCAUCCUGGUCUUCAUGCUCGUCUCUUCUUCGCUACUCUUGGCCGCUUCCUCUUUAGCUCCGGAUUGUAUGGGAAGGUGAGGUAUGUGAGCAGGCUGGAGUUUUUAUGGGAGCACAUGAGAAGAGGGGAAAUAGAGAUUCCGGAAUUCGUGCAUGACCAUGAUGAAGAGCUGGAACACCGUCCGUUGAUGGAUUACGGAUUGGAAAGUGAUCACCACCGUUUAUAUGAGGCCCCUGUUAUGGAUUCCUCUGCUUCCAUGCACUCACUCCGUUGCAUCUCAUGAUAACUACUAACUAGCCCAUCCAUUCCGUUCCGUUCCGUUCCGUUUAUCCUUUUGGAUGAUGUUACAGAGGAGUUGUGUUAGUGUUAUGGUUUUCAUUUUGGUGAGGUCUGUUAUAAAUGGCAGAAAAAUGUAAAUAAAAAUAGGGAGAAUAAUAGAGAUACUAGAAUAUUAUAUAAAAUCCUUGAUUUCAUUCAA